AUGGAAAUCCCGAGGCUGCUCCAGGCUCGCGGGCCACCCCAGAGCGGAGGCGGCGGCGGCGGCUGCUGCCCGGCGGCCGGCGGCGGGGUCCACCGAGGCCCGGGCUCUGUGGCUUGUCAGGUCCCCGCGCGCCGCCUCCUGCUGCUCCGGGGGGCCCAAGAUGGCGGGCCCGGGCCGCGGAGCGAGGAGGCCCACAGGGCCGCACGGGGCCCGGGCCCGAGCCCGGGUCCCAGCCCGUUGGCGCCGAGGCCGGAUCACCCGAGCGGCGGCGGCGGCGACGACUUCUUCCUGUUGCUGCUCGACCCGGUGGGUGACGAGGUGGAAACGGCGGGCGCGGAUCCGGCCGGAGGGCCCGUGUGGAGGGAGGAGGCCGAGGCGGGCCUGGGGCCCGAGGGGAGCGAGAGCCGUGCUCAGCCCGCGGGCCGCCCGGCGCCGGGCCCCCGCUGCCCGCCCGUGGUCUCGGCCCCGGUGCCGGUGCCGGUGCCGGUGCCGGCCCCAGGCCCGGGCUCGGGCCCAGCGACGGCCUUCGCGGGCACCAUCACCAUCCACAACCAGGACCUGCUGCUGCGCUUUGAGAACGGCGUCCUCACCCUGACCACGCCCCCGCUGCCCGCCUGGGAGCCUGGGGUCGCGCCUGGCCCGCAGGCCGGGGGUCUCCUGGCCCCGCAGGCGCAGGCCGGGUUUCCGGCCGCCUCGCAGCUGGGCGACUGCCCCGAGCUGCCGCCGGACCUCCUGCUGGCAGAGCCCGCGGAGCCCGCGGCCGGCCCGGCGCCCGCGGAGGAGGCGGAAGGCCGGGCCGCCGCCCAGAGCCCCCGCGGGCCGCUCGUCCCGGGCCCGGGCGUGGUGCUCUACCUGUGCCCGGAGGCGCAGUGCGGACAGACCUUCGCCAAGAAGCACCAGCUGAAGGUGCACCUGCUGACGCACAGCAGCAGCCAGGGCCAGCGGCCCUUCAAGUGCCCCCUGAGCGGCUGCGGCUGGACCUUCACCACGUCGUACAAGCUCAAGAGGCACCUGCAGUCUCACGACAAGCUGCGGCCCUUCGGCUGCCCGGCCGAGGGCUGUGGCAAGAGCUUCACCACCGUGUACAACCUCAAGGCGCACAUGAAGGGCCAUGAGCAGGAGAACUCCUUCAAGUGCGAGGUGUGCGAGGACAGCUUCCCCACGCAGGCCAAGCUGAGCACCCACCAGCGCAGCCACUUUGAGCCCGAGAGGCCUUACCAGUGUGCUUUCUCCGGCUGCAAGAAGACCUUCAUCACGGUCAGUGCCCUCUUCUCCCACAACCGUGCCCAUUUCAGGGAGCAGGAGCUCUUCGCCUGCUCCUUCCCUGGCUGCAGCAAACAGUACGACAAGGCUUGUAGGCUCAAGAUCCACCUGCGCAGCCACACUGGCGAGAGACCCUUCCUGUGUGACUUCGACGGCUGUGGCUGGAACUUUACCAGCAUGUCCAAGCUCCUGAGGCACAAAAGGAAGCAUGAUGACGACCGCAGGUUCAUAUGUCCCGUAGAAGGCUGCGGCAAGUCUUUCACGAGGGCUGAACAUCUGAAAGGGCACAGCAUAACCCACCUGGGCACAAAACCUUUCGUGUGUCCCGUCGAAGGCUGCUGCGCCAGGUUCUCUGCUCGGAGUAGCCUCUACAUUCACUCCAAGAAGCACCUGCAGGACGUGGACACUUGGAAAAGCCGCUGCCCCGUUUCCACCUGCAACAAACUCUUCACGUCCAAGCACAGCAUGAAGACCCACAUGGCCAAAAGGCACCACCUCGGCCAGGAUCUCUUGGCCCAGCUAGAAGCUGCGAAUUCUCUCACGCCCAGCAGCGAGCUUACCAGUCAGGGACACAGCGACCUCAGUGGCGCAGAGAUGGUGUCUCUCUUCUCCGAUGUGCCUGGCGGUGGUUCUGCCGCAGUGCUGGACACGGCGCUGGUUAAUUCUGGAAUCUUGACCAUUGACGUGGCAUCUGUGAACUCGACCCUGGCAGGGAGUCUCCCUGCUGACCAUAAUCAUUCCUUGGGGCAGGCUGUGGAUGCGCGGGCCUUGAGGGCCACCAGUGACCUUCCUCAGAGCCUGGAUACCUCUCUCUUUUUCGGAACCACGGCCACUGGUUUUCAGCAGAGCCCCUUAGAUAUGGAUGAUGUCGCCGGUGGGGGUGUGGGGCUCUUUGGCUCUUUGGCCAUGAAAAACUCGAAUCCAGAGCCCCAGGCCUUGACACCCAGCAAUAAGUUGACAGUGGACACUGAGGCCCUGACUCCCUCCAGCACCCUCUGUGAAAACAGUGUCUCCGAACUACUGACGCCAGCCAAAGCAGAUUGGAACUUACAGCCUGACUCUGACUUCUUUGGGCAGGAGGAGGAAACCCACUUUGGAUUCUCCAACCCAGCAGGGCACCAUUGUUCUCACAAAGAAACAGACCUUAUCACAGUGACUGGAGGCUCGUUUUUGGUAUGAACCAAAACUCUACUUGUCCCUUGCCGUGUGGCUCGCUUUUAUUACACUCAGUUUGGAGGGUAUUCUUCCGCAUUGAAGGCUUACAGGCACUCAUUGCUUCCUGGUGUGCAAAAGAACACAUCCCUGGACUGCCAAGGUUGGAGAGAGAUGUCAGUGCCCAUCUUGAGUCUGGAACUGACAAGUUCUGGGACCCUGAGCAAGUCCUUUAACCUAACUGAGCCUUAAUUUUCUUACUUACAAAAAGGAGGUGGUUUGAAUUGAUUGCUUCUCUGUUCUUUCUUAGCUUUUAGUUUAUUGAUUACAUGCCUCUUCCUUCAGAAAUAUUAGGACAGCUUUCAGUGUUGAUGUUAUAUAUCUUUUUUUCUGAACUUAUAUAAAAUUCUGUUAGAACUAGCAACUGCACUUUUCAGGAAAGUUCAAUAAUUUACAUGUCCAUGAGCCAUCUUUUUAAACCUACCUUUAAACAUUACACCUCUAUAGUUCUUUUUACAAGUACUAUAUAUAUCAAUCUAUUAUUUCCUCACCAGUAUUUAUACAUAUAUAUAUGUAUAUAUAUA